ACCUGUAAUCCACACAAAAGACCACGAAUAAUGCCAGUACCUGAAAAACCACCGAGACUCGUCACAAAACUCAUGCCCCAUUUCCUCCUUGAAAUAAUGUCAGUAGCAGCAGAUAAAUAUGAACAUUGUUCCAAACAUUGCUCCAAAAAUGCAGAGAUUAGCACAGGCCCGCACCCUGUCCCACGUGCAUGCUUACAGUCACACGUUACCUGCCCGCCAUUUCAUCAACUCUCCGACGUUGUCCCAAUCAUCACUUGUCAGCAGCGGAAGCAGCAGCUAUAAAAGUCAAACCACCUCCUUCAAGUUCUUCAAGUUACAACCGAACAUCACCAACUCAGCUAGCACUACGAUUCACCAAGAAGAAAGGGUUGAAACCAUGGAUUCUGAGAAGCUUCGUCUUGAAUUGCUUGAAGUCCUUCGCAGCAGAAGAACCCCAGAAGUCCAUCUGACUGUGGAACCUGGGAAGCCAGUGGAGGACCCUUUGUAUCAGGAGACUCCAAAGCCAACCUUCAGUCCGGCCAUGGAAUCCUGUCCAAAGAAAGAUAUUCCCAACUUUAAAGAAUUGCUCAAAGAGGAGAACUUUUACUUGACUACUGAGGCUGGAGAGCAAGGACGCUUGCCUGUGCUGAUACUGAGCUUGAAAGGUAGCACUCCGCAGAAGAGGCCAGCUAUUGUUUUUCUGCACAGUACGAAUAAAUGCAAAGAGUGGUUACGACCGUUGCUUGAGGCGUAUGCUUCAAGGGGAUAUAUAGCAGUUGCUAUUGAUUCUCGUUAUCAUGGAGAGCGUGCUAGAAGCUUGACAACGUAUCGAGAUGCCCUCGUGUCAUCAUGGGAAAAAGGUGAUACGAUGCCAUUCAUAUUUGAUACGGUGUGGGACUUGAUAAAACUUGCAGAUUAUCUCACACAAAGGGAAGAUAUAGACCCACUCAGGCUAGGGAUCACUGGUGAAUCACUUGGAGGAAUGCAUGCAUGGUUUGCUGGUGCUGCAGAUACUCGCUAUGCUGUGGUUGUACCUAUAAUUGGUGUUCAAGCCUUCAAAUGGGCUAUAGAGCAUGACAAGUGGCAAGCUCGAGUUGAUAGUAUCAAGGCAGUAUUCGAAAAGGCAAGGAUUGAUUUAGGCAAGACUGCAAUCGAUAAAGAAGUGGUACAAAAGGUCUGGGAUAGAAUAGCUCCAGAUCUAGCCUCCAAGUUUGAUUCACCUCACACAAUUCCAGCUAUUGCACCACGUCCGCUGCUGAUCUUAAAUGGUGCUGAAGACCCGCGGUGCCCUUUGCCUGGCCUCGAAAUUCCAAAAUCAAGAGCACAAGAGGCUUAUAUAAAGGCUAGUGCAUUGGAUUCUUUCAAGCUUAUAGCAGAACCAGGAAUCCCUCACCAGAUGACGCCCUUGAUGGUAAAAGAAGCAAGUGAUUGGUUUGGCAGGUUCUUCAUGACAUAAUAGCAUGUAAUCUCUGAAAUAGUAACUGGAGUUUAAAGUUAUGUUAUGGCCUUGAAAAUGCAAUAUAAUGUGAGAAACAAUUAUAGCGUCAUGCUGUGAUGUAUAUGAUUCUUCGCUUCUCUGUUGCCCAAAUCCAAUUUUAGUUUCUUUUUUUCUCCCCCU